CUUUCUAAUAUUUCGCUCGCAUGGAGUGACGAAACUUGAGAGAAAGAACGUAUAUUUAAUAGCGAUGAUGCAAGCGCCCUCACUUCCCGUUGCGGGGAACUACGAAAUGCAGAUCGACCAAUUACAAUUGCCGAUUUCCACCAUGCUUGAAAUUAUGUCAAUGUCCCGCCGUUAUUCUUCCUUGGAGCGUCGCAGCUGCUGUACAUUCCUCGUGAAAAAUACUUCGCUUCAAUGGGUAUCACCAGAUUCCUUCAAAAUGGGUCAUUAUAACCUUGUCUGUUUUGGGGUUGAUGGGGAUUCUUGUUCAUUCUUGUUGGGUACAGCUGGCUAUUUAACAAAUCGAAGUCCCAUUCGAGUCAAGAUCAUCGAUGAGGUGAAUCGCCUAUAAGAAACAGUUAUCGCUAGAGAUCGAAGGUAAUUGGAUGGCAGUGGACAGCGAUUCGAAAUUCGGCGGGAACGCGGUCGGUGGGCGUCAGAUUGGAGAUGGAAGCGCCACCAGGCGAAGGGAUUCGAAAGCAACGACGCGACGCGUUCGGUGCGGAGCGUUGGUCGUCGUCGCCGCCGCGCCGUUCCCCUCGGAACUUAACCGGACAGUAUGGCUUCGGCUGCCGGUCGGUUCGCGUUGGUGGUGCAGAUCCACAGUGCGACAGUGCGUCGUCGGUCGCGGGUGUGCGUGCUACAGUUGUCGGGAUCGUGAACACACAAUCCUCGAGGGCCCUGGGAACGUGACAGAGGACGCGAGUGCGUCGAUACGUUGCACCGAGCGCAGAGGGUGGCCACCAACACGGCAGAGAUGCGGCGAAAUGUGAAAAUUGUGUUGCUCCUGUCAUGCGCGUGGAUGUUCGCCUUUGUUUACUACUAUCACACGUCGCGGGACACUAAGAUAAUGACGAAUUCAGAUGUCAGGGGUUCGGAUAAUCGAGGUUCUACUGUACUUUCUUCAUCAUCGAACAGACACAACGAAAACAGAGCGCUGCGACUGAAAGAGCCAGCCUCGGUGGCCCUCUCCGCCGGAAAUUCCGGCAACUAUGUGGACCCAGAUGGCACGGCCAUCGUGAUGUCCUCCGAGCUGCUCCCAGCACCCACUCCGGACCCUCGGGUGACGUGGAACUACUUCGACGAGCAGGGGUACGUCUCCAGAGGAGGUCUGAGAGCUGGGGAAGAUCCAUACGCGAGAAACAAAUUCAAUCAGGAGGCUUCCGAUGGUCUUGCCAGCAACAGGGACAUUCCAGACACUCGCAGCGCCAUGUGCCGAAUGAAACAAUGGAGGAGAGACCUACCCCCCACCUCAGUAAUAAUCACGUUCCACAAUGAGGCACGGUCCACGUUACUUCGCACUGUCGUAAGCGUGCUGAACAGGAGUCCCGAGCACCUUAUCAAGGAAAUUAUUCUGGUGGACGACUUCAGCGAUCAUCCCGAGGAUGGCGAGGAGCUGUCGAGGAUACACAAGGUGCGGGUGAUACGGAACGAGAAGAGGGAAGGUUUAAUGAGAUCGAGGGUGAGAGGCGCGGACGCGGCAACCGCGAGCGUGCUGACGUUCCUCGAUUCCCAUUGCGAAUGCAACGCCGACUGGCUCGAACCCCUUUUGGAAAGGGUAGCCGAGGAUCCGACGAGGGUCGUGUGUCCUGUUAUUGACGUGAUCAGCAUGGAUACCUUCCAAUACAUCGGAGCCUCCGCGGACCUCAGGGGAGGUUUUGACUGGAGUCUAGUGUUCAAAUGGGAGUACCUGAGUCAAGCAGAAAGGCAAGCUAGACAAAAGGAUCCCACGCAGGCGAUCAGGACUCCCAUGAUCGCCGGAGGCCUAUUCGUGAUCAACAAGGCCUACUUCGAGAAGCUGGGCAAAUACGACACCCAGAUGGACGUCUGGGGCGGCGAGAAUCUCGAGAUAUCGUUCCGGGUGUGGCAAUGCGGCGGCAGCCUGGAAAUAAUUCCGUGCUCGCGCGUCGGCCACGUGUUUCGAAAACGACACCCCUAUUCGUUCCCUGGGGGCAGCGGAAACGUUUUCGCACGGAACACCAGACGCGCGGCCGAGGUGUGGAUGGACGAUUACAAGCAGUUCUAUUACAACGCGGUGCCCCUCGCACGCAACAUACCCUAUGGCAAUAUUCAGGACAGGAUGGAGCUGAAGCGGAAAUUGCGCUGCAAGCCCUUCAGCUGGUAUCUGAAAAACGUGUACCCCGAAUUAGUUAUACCGACCAGCGAGGGGGGGCCCGGCGGAUUCCUGAAGCAGGGAACCGCGUGUCUGGAUAGCAUGGGCCAUCUACUAGACGGGAACGUGGGACUUUAUCCGUGUCACGACACCGGCGGCAACCAAGAAUGGGGCCUAACGAAGGACGGCCUGAUCAAGCACCACGACCUGUGCCUAACGCUGCCGGUGUACGCGAAGGGCACGACGCUGCUGAUGCAGAUCUGCGACGGCAGCGAGAACCAGAAGUGGAGGCACCUGGAGGGAGGUCUGAUCAGACACUCGAGGAUCCCGGUCUGCAUGGACUCGAGAUACCACGCGCAGAGGGGCAUCACAGCGGAGAAAUGCGACUCGAACGCCGAGACGCAGAGGUGGCACCUCUACGUUCACAAUCACUAGCUCGCGAGGUCGGUCCCUGGCUCGUGAAGACCAAGGUGUCGUCGUCAUCGUCGGCGAAGCGACCGGGUCCGGUAUCUGAUCGGCAGGAGCCGGAUCGACCUGAUCCGAGCGACCGACCUGAUCGACCCCAACUCCGACCUCCUCGAACGCACUGCGAGAUGAACCGAUUCCUCCUAGAGGUUCGUCGACCAACGAUGGACCCAUCAGCCCUGCUAAAGCCCACGAAAGGGCGUACAGUGACUAAUUCAAAGUGGCAAGACUGUUUCGCGCGACCGUUCCGACGCGAGCCAAGGUCGAAUCGGAGACUUGGAAUUGAAUUCCCGUUCUUCGCGAAGACUUUCUAGCCGAGAUAGAUAAGCACUGCUAUCGUUUCGGUAGCGUAGAUAGGCUAAGCGGGAACAGGCGAGCUCGUCCUUCGGUUCAAGGACACGAUGAAAUCGCGAGAAUCGUCGGCUGAAACGGGCUGAUCCUUCGAGGAACAUUCCGGUGGACUUUCACGAGAUGCAUUUAUACACACCGAUUUCCAUGAUCUUGGACGGAUUCAUCGUCCGGCCGCGAGGUUCGGCUGUCCGGCAUCAUGGCGAGGCGAGGGGAACCUGAGGAAAAUACUCUGAUAUCCGUAAUUUUAGGGGACGAACGGGAUCGCUGCCGCUGGGAUCUUUUGAUCGACGGGCGUCUCGUUCGAUCGGUGCACGCGGCUGAUUAUCAACUAUCGAUGACGGACUUGCGAAAUAGGGAAUUAGGGGAUUUUGGAAGAUUUUUUAGGGGAUUUUUAUUCGUGCAGAAAAUUCACAGCGGAAGUGCGAGAUACCUUUCGUUGUGAAUAAUCGUUGCCGCGAGGGCCAUGUGUUAUAAUUGAAAUGGAUCUGUUAACGAUGAUAUUAACUAACUGAUCGAUUACUUUUAUCAUGUGUGUGUCUAGUACUGAAAAGAUAGGAUUGUGGAUUUAGCGAUCUAUGAUCGAGGAUUUUAUUUAAGUAAUUAAUUUUUCGUUAUAUGUUUUACAGAGUUCGUGGGAAAACGAUUUGAACCAAAUUGGCCCGAUAAAAUUGACAUAACUUCGACAAAAAUUGAAUUAUUUGAUUAAAGCUUUUUUUCUAUAGCCUGCCUAAACAUUACCGAAGAGAUGAGAGUACGAAUUUGGCGAACUAUAAUUGGCGAUAUUUAUUAAAAAAUUGAUAUUUCAGUCGUAUGCCUCGUAUACAUUGAAAAAAUGACAUCGAAAUAAAAUGGUCUCUAUGAAGCUGACAUAACUUCAACAAAAAUCAAAUUAUUUGAUUGAAACCUUUUUUAUAGCCUGCCUAAACAUUACCAAAGAGAUAGGAGCAUGAAUUUUGCGAACUAUAAUCGGCGAUAUUUAUUAAAAAAUUGACAUUUCAAUCGCAUAUAACUCCAACAAAAAUCAAAUUACCAGUCUGAGAAUUUGUUUACAAUCUAUGUACGCAAUACUGAAAAAUUGUUCAAAAUCCAUCACCGAUACUUGCAUUAAACAAAUGAUUUUUCAAUACUGUUUCUCACAGAACUCUGAGAAGAAUCACCCUAAUCAAUGGUCCCUAUUAAAUUGUCAUAACUCCGACGAGGGUGAAAUUCUCGAACUGAAGUGUUUUUUUAUAGCGAGUCUACACAAUAUCGACGAGGAAAGAUCACAAAUUUCGCAACUCUGUUCAACAACAUUGUCGACAAAUUUGAUCGAAGUCCUGCGAAACGUUCGAUGAGAAAAUGUUCGCGCAAUUCAUUUCGUGGAUCCGAAUCGGUAGUUGAUUAUCGGUGGUGCGACACCUUGUAAUCUUAAGGCCACUUCACGAGCAGCUAAAGCCUUGUAGCGAUUUCGGUGAUCGAUGAAGAACGAUCGAGAAAACGGGCCCGCUUCUUAUUCGACCCCCCAAUUUGUCAGGACAAUCCUCGGGGCGUGUCCCGGGGAGAGCUAAUCAAUCCGAUGUCGUAGCGAAUCCUGUUUUUAGCUGGCUUGAUUGUUGAGAGAACAAAGGAAAAAAAGGAAGACGGAAACGUAUACGCGGCCGCGACGCCGCUCGAAAUCGAAGAAAAAAAGAAAAUGGAAAACAACAUUCUCCUCUCCGAAAAAUCUGGCGGACGAAUCGCGGCGUGAAUCGGACGCUUCUCGGACCGGGAUAGCGUGGCACAGGCACGAUUCACACAAAGAGAUUUAUUUUUGUAUAACAAAUUGUACACUUACUUGGUUGUGCGAAUAGUUGGGGACUUCGGUGUGUGCCCGCUUGAUCGGAUCGACGCGAUGCGAAACGGCGGCACGACCGCGGCCUGUCGAUCCUCUGGAAAAUCACGAAAAUUUUCCGUUUUAUUAAAUUUCUCUCUCGUUUCGUUAUUUUAUGUAUCUCUCAUUUAUUCAAUUAUUUAUAUUGCUAAUGAUAUUGGUAUGAUAUGGCGUUUCAAUUUCACUGAUAACAAAUAGACGAGAGCGUUGGAUUGAACAUUGGUUGAGUAACUUUUCAGUGGAUCAACCACAAGACUGAUUUAAAAUCACACAAUUUCGCGAUUUUGAAGCGCGAAUUUUCACGUUUGUUCAAUUUUCAAAGUUCUCCCUAAUUUACCUUCAGCUUGCAAACAAAAAUGGACAAUUUGGGAGAAGAUACGA